AUGUAUAGAAUGGGCAACAACAAUGACAACCGGCUAACUACAAUAUUGAAGCGUGUCGGCCUUUGCUUCAUUCUUCUUUGUAUCGUUUGUAUCGGAGCGGGUCUUCUUGGUUGUGGAGUUUAUGGUAUCAUUCUAGCGAUCAAAGACUCAUCUCGCGACGAUCCGGUGCCGAAGAUAGAAUUAGCUAAUAUGGAUUUCACGGCGUUUAACAUCACAGAAACUCGUCUUAGUGCAGAGUGGGAUUUGUCGAUACGUAUCCCUUACAAUAUUCCUGGUUUUUAUAUAUGUCUUCAAGGAGAACUUCAAGCAUCCUUUCUUUACAAGAAUGUUACUCUUGCUGCCUCAUCCCCACAAAAGUACAACAAUCUCAAGUACUACGAACCUCAGGUUCUUAAGGUUUCGGCGCAUGGCUCUGAAGAAAAUAUCGACGGAUGGAUUGGAAUCAUGAGUUAUGCGUGCGAUGAAGUCACCUUGCGGUUCGAACCAGGAUCCGAGAGGAAAGCGACUUUGUUUGGGAACCACGCAAGCUGCGUCAAUUUUUGA